CUGUCAAAAGUAGUGAAUUGCAGUUAUUGCUCAGUCUUUCAGUUAACCUGCUGAGCUAGAAACAUUUAAGAACGCGUUUUGAACAACACGCCCCAAAGAUUGGAAAAAAAUGCAUUCUCAAGAUUUAGACAGUCACCAUGGCCACGCAACAAACCACACUUCCGACGAAUUUCCCAGUAGAGGGGUCUUGAUUGGCUGGAUGUUAGCGUUUGUCUUGGUUGGCUUUACAAUCUUUAUUUCUAAUCUGGGUACCAUUCUUACKUUUUACAAGAAAAAACCACUUCGCCGUCGUGGCGUGUACUGCCUCAUCAAUCUCGCAGUAGCCGACAUGAUCCACGGUUUUUUUUCCAUGCUCUGGUUUUCAAUUUACCUGGAUUACAUCAGUAUAGAUUUCUUGCCUUUCAAGCUCACAGAUAAUGGAAUAAAAUUACUAGCUGGACUAGUAAACACCUGCACUCUUGUCAAUUCUCUCUUUUGCCUGCUUCUCGUUUCAUUAGACCGUUUCUACGCUACGUUUUUUCCGUUUGCCUAUCGCUCGACGUCCGUUAGAGCCUACUGGAAGGUUUUUGCGGUUACGUGGUCUUCAGCUUUCCUUUUCUCAACUGUCCCGGCUGGUUUCCUGGAAUUUAAUGUAUACAGUCAUGAUUUAUGGUUUGAUAAUCUUCACGUAGUGUGCUUGUUGUGUUUGUCUAUUAUUAUUUUGGCCUACAUAGCUACAUUUACGAAGAUUAGAUGGCAAAAUCGCAGUCAGACCCAGCAGAACCAGCCUGAAGAAGCGGUCCAGAAAAGAGAACGUCAAGAGAAGCAUCUUGCCAUGACAUUACUCAUUGUCACUGCCCUCUCCUUGUUGACAUGGCUUCCCUUCAUUAUUAACCAUGAAGUCGAUAUUGCAGUAAAUAUAUCCUCAGGCCCAGGCAAACACCACUUGGAACUUUCAACAGAAUUYAUCCAGCUCCUGAAUUCACUGGUAAACCCGGUAGUGUAUCUAUUUCGAUUAAAGGAGUACAGAAGGUAUAUGUUCCAACUACUUAUGUGCGCUAAACCUACAGUAGUUCAAAACCACGAUAAUGGAAAUGGAGAAUACUGUACAAGAAGAAGAACCGCAAACGACCGGCCUAGUGCAAUAGCGGACAUGGUUAUCGCCAUAGAACCGGAGAGAAAGCAUUCCGUAGAACUAGCAUCGGUUCAUUAAAACGUAGCGUGCAAACACAAGCGAAGAGUGUCAAUGGGGUUUUAACGAUGCUCCAUUUGAAAACUUGGGCAUGCUUCAGGCGAAUUAUAGCCAACAAUCGCAAGUUUUAAUUACGACCAUUCCCUGCCAACAGAUCCAGAAAACGGAUUUACUAAACUGACUCAAAGUUACAAACAUAAACUUAAAAGAUGCUGAUUAAAACACAUGGAAGGAAUCCUGUCAGAUUCAACUUCAGAGCUAAAUAGUGUCCAUGUUGUUGUCUGAGUUUUUCAUGCCUGCUUGGUUUGUUGAAAAUUCUAUAAUCUUAUUUAGUUUCUGUAAAUAGUAUAUUCUUCGAGUCACAUCAUGCACUGUAGAUACGUCUUUUCUGUAAAUAGUAUAUUCUUCGAGUCACGGCAUCAUGCACUGUAGAUACGUCUUUCCUGGACGUCAUCUAUGUUCAUUGGGGAAACUCCUGGGGAAACUGUAUAUGUUAUAUUUCAACCUAGUGUGAAUCUAAAUGAUUACUACAAACUAGAUA